UGUAAGGAGUUUCUAUCUAUCAUGUAAGGAGUUGUAAGGAGUUUCUAUCUAUCAUGUAAUGAGUUUCUAUCUACCCUGAAGUAGUCUAUGAAAGGAGGUUGUUAAUAAGAAAUGCUCCUAUUUGCUCACCAGCUCUCGGAUUGUACGGAAGGGUUGUGAUAAUCUGUGUUGGUCGUUAUUAAGGUCACGUAAGCCAUUUUUCCAAUCGUUUUGUUUAAUUAUUGAAGUUUGCAGUAUUUGAUUAAUUGUUAUGUUGUAUUGAUUAAAAUCUGUAAGAUUUAAAAAUAAACGGCUUCUUGUCGAUUGUAUUUAUUUUUUUAAUAAAAUUCCACUUCUUAACCUAAAAUCAGAAGUGGGAUAAAGGACUUAUAAGCCCACACUAACAUUAAUUUGCUUUUGAAUUUGUAAAUCAGUUGAAAACAAGAAAACCGUUAACUUUUAAACUUUGCUUUGUUUACAACUACUGCUUACUUCAGUUUUCUUUCUUUUUACUAUUUUUGUGUUUAAUUGCUGUAUUUACGAGACGUACAAGGAUGCCUAGUCCACGGAGGCGCCCCUCCAGAGGCGAUUCGUGUAAUCGAGAUCGGCAUACUUCUCGUAGGUCUCGCGACCGUAGUGAGGUUAGAUCAAACCGCAAUUCGAGCGACAGACAACGAACUUCGCGGGAUGGCUUGCGUGUCCGAGAUCGACAUGAUUCUCGCAAUACUGAAGUGCAUCGGUCGCGUACUCGUGUUAGGUGCGAAUUGCGUAGUAGAGAUCGCUCUCGUAGUGCUCCUCGCGACCGGUCGAGAUCACACUCGCGUUCAAUGCGUUCUUCUAACGAUGAUGCGCACAUAUUAAUGAGGGUAACGUGUUAGAUGAAGGGCGCACAUAUUAAUGAGGGUAACGUGUUAGUUUAUGUCGAUGACGUCCUCCUUCUGAGUAAUACGGUACACGAGGGAAUUGAACUGUUGCGUAAGGUACUUAGAAUUCUCACAAUAGCUGGUUUUUCAAUAAAUCUGGCCAAAUGUUCGUUUCUGGUUACUGAAGUCGAAUAUUUAGGUAGACUCAUAACGUAAGGUCAGGUUAGGCCGAGUCCACGGAAAGUGGAAGCCUUAGUCAGCUCUUUGCCUCCCGAGAACGUAAAGCAGGUGCGACAACUUUUAGGCUUGGCAGGAUCCUCUACCCUAUUUACCGACAAGAUUCUACGGAACUUAAACGCGUCAUUACUCAGGCUAUCUCCUUGUUUGGGGUGCCAAAACUUAUGGUCACGGACAAAGGACGUAUGUUCGAGUCUAAAGAAUUCGUGGCAUGGAUUAACGAACUUGGCUGCAACCUGCACUACAUCACGCCAGAGAUGCACCAGGCAAAUGGUCAAGCGGAAAGGUACAUGCGGACAAUACUCAACAUGUUACGCAUCCAAGCCAACCACAAAAAUCUGCAGUGGUCGGAAACUCUGUGGAAACUACAACUGGUGCUGAACAUCACAAGACAGAAGACUACGCAGGUAUCUCCCUUGAAUCUUCUAAUAGGCACAGAAUCUACAAUUCCUGUGGUUCGAGCGCUAGUACGUGAUGUGGCAAUCGAGGGUUUGGCACCUAACAGAGAGGCACUACGUGAAAUCACAAGAAGCAGAGCCCGAGAACUCCUCAGUAACAACCAAAUCAAGCAAGACGAGCAAGUUAACCAGCGACGGAGUACACCACGCCAAUUCAAUGUUGAUGACUUGGUCUUUGUAAUCAAAUACUCUCAGUCGGCAGGGAAACUCGACUCCGGCAUGCGCGGCCCAUACAAGGUGGUGGAAGUUCUACCUAGUGGCCGUUACACGCUACGUUUGCUCGGUGGCAGUUGUGGUAAAACAACGCAGGCUGCUGUUCAGUUCAUGGUGCCGUGGCGGGGUGAGUGGAGCCCUGAAACAUGUGCCGCAUUUUUUGAAAAUGAAACUAACGAUGACGAGGAGACGGAAGCGCAAAUAGAGUUUGCUCCUACAGCUGCACUGUCCAUGCCCUUGCUGGAUGAGGGUGUUGCAACCUCUCCAGUGGCCGGUCCCAGCGGGAUCACAAGAAGAAACUGUGUCGAGGACGACUCACCGUCAGGAGAGGCCGUGUAA